AUGGGAUCCACGGUUCAUACAAGUAACGUGACCGAGUUAAUUCUCACUGGCCUCUUCCAGGACCCAGAGGUGCAGAGCGUGUGCUUUGUGGUGUUCCUUCCUGUGUACCUGGCCACAGUGGUGGGCAAUGGCCUCAUCGUGUUGACAAUCAGUGUGAGCAAGAGUCUCCAUUCCCCCAUGUACUUCUUCCUUAGCUACCUGUCCCUGGUGGAGAUCAGUUACUCCUCUACUAUUGUCCCUAAGUUCAUCACUGAUUUGCUCACCAAGAUUAAAACCAUCUCCCUGCAGGGCUGUAUAACUCAGAUCUUCUUCUUUCACUUCUUUGGGGUGACAGAGAUUUUGUUGCUCACAGUAAUGGCUUAUGAUCGCUAUGUGGCCAUCUGCAAACCCUUACACUACACUACCAUCAUGAGCCGGUCUGUAUGUCACUGUCUGGUGGCAGGUUCCUGGCUGGGCGGCCUAAUUCAUUCAAUGGUUCAGAUUCUAGUCACUGUCCAAUUGCCCUUCUGUGGCCCCAAUGUAAUUGACCACUAUUUCUGUGACCUCCAUCCCAUCUUCAAGGUUGCUUGCGCUGAUACUUUUAUGGAGGGUGUCAUCGUGUUGGCUAACAGUGGUUUAAUCUCUGUCAUAUCCUUUCUCACUUUGGUAUCUUCUUACGUUGUGAUCUUGGUCCACUUGAGGAAUCAUUCCGCAGAGGGGAGGCGCAAAGCUCUCUCCACCUGUGCCUCCCACAUCACGGUGGUCAUCUUGUUCUUUGGACCUGCCAUCUUCCUCUACUUGAGGCCCUCUUCCACCUUCACUGAGAAUAAACUGGUGGCGGUGUUCUACACGGUCAUCACCCCCAUGCUGAACCCCAUCAUCUACACCCUGAGAAAUGCAGAGGUGAAGAAUGCUAUGAGAAGGUUGUGUGGCAGGAAAGUGAACUCAGGAGUGGAGAGACAAUGA